CAUAUCAUUUUUGGUUUUGCUCUUUGAACAUUACAGAAUUACUCUGUGCUCCUAGUUACCUCUCACAGUACUAGCACAAUGAAUUGAUCAUGAGCAACACAUGGAUCCCACCUAGCAUGUCCUAGUUCUGACCUUUGGCCUUAUUGUGAUUGAAAACUUCUGCCAUCAGUGACCUCCACAUGUGCAUCAUCUUCUUCAAGUUUGACCCUCGGCCUGCAUCCAAAAAUGCCUACAGGCUUAUUCUGGCUGCUAACAGAGAUGAGCUGUACAACAGGCCAUCCAAGGCUGCAGACUUCUGGGGAAGCAACAGUGAGAUACUCAGUGGUGUGGACAUGGAAGAAGGGAAGGAAGGCGGGUCAUGGCUGGGAAUUAGCAAACGAGGAAAACUGGCAGCACUGACCAAUUACUUGGAAAGAUGGCAGAAUCCAUAUGCACAGGGAAGAGGUUCCUUGGUGUCCAACUAUUUGGCGGAUAACUUAGACAGUUUUGCUUACCUCCGUAAAGUGUCUUCAGAGGGUCAUUUAUAUAAUGGCUUCAAUCUCCUGACUGCUGACUUCAGGGCCAAUGAAGACACGUUGUGUUACUAUGGAAACAAAGGCAGUUCAGAACCCAUUCAUCUUAAAGCAGCAGGAAUUUAUGGGUUAAGUAACUCUCUUCUGGAAACUCCUUGGAAAAAACUGCACCACGGCAAGCUGCUGUUCACCAGUGUAGUGAGCAGAAUUCUGCCCUCUGAUGGCUUAGUUCAAGAACUGAUGCAUAUCCUCAAAAAUUGUGAGCUAAACACCCCAGACCCUGGACAGGAGAGUCAAGGUGUGGGCUACAGUAAGGCUAUGCUGCGAGCCCUGUCUGCAGUGUGUGUUCGCUCACCAGGAUACGGCACAAGGACCAAUACUAUAAUCCUCAUCGACCGAGAGGGAAAUGUCAACUUUACAGAGCAUAACAUGCUAAACUGUGACAUCAACCAGUGGAGCACAAAUAGCUUCCAUUUUAAACUGCAGGAAUGAUGACAUGGCUAAGGACGUAAAAGCCUCACGCUGUGCCUUUCUCAAGCAACCCUCUGCUCAAACCAUGCAGCAUCACUGUUUCUAUCAGUACGAAGAUUAAGACUUUACUUGGACUUUCCAGUUGAAAUGGGAAAAGUGUUAACUAUUUUUAUUAUGGCACUGUUCUGAAAGGAAGCUUGAUUGCACAUUCUUGUUUCUAGAUCAUUUUUCUUUUUAGUUUUCCUCAUAAUGGUGUGAUUUUGAGUGGAUAUGAUUCUUUUUUCAUCUGUUAAUUAUUAUAGAAGCCAGAUAAGUAUGAGGAAUGUGAAACAAUGCUAUUUAUCAUCAGCUGAAUUCUGUUUUAUCAUCUGUCUGUUGGACAGAAUAGUUGGGGGAGCAAAAUGUUUACUGCCAAAGAAUCACUGUUACACAAAAACAAAUUCAAAUAGUAAAAAAUAAAUUGUCUUCAUUAUGUUGCACAAUGGUGCAGUAAUAAUCCACUAAAUAGCACAACUUUCACUCAGGACACUUUGAAAAGCUACUGCCAAAAAUGAAGGAACAGUGUUUCAGUCAUUUUUUUAAAACAUCUUAUUGAGAAAAUAUUUUUUUUUCAUAUUAAAUCAAAUAAUUUUGAUUUAACUUUGAAACUGUUACAAAGUUUGAAAUAUGUAUGGUUUGAUAUCUCCAUUGCUGUGCUCACUCUACAGAAAGUUAUCCUAAGAUGACAUAAAUGCAUUUUAUGCCAGUUUUCAGGAAACUGAUAUGUGCCAUUUGGUGUAAUUUAUUUGGUUGAUAACAAAGUGCCUACAAUUUGAUAUUCAGCAUGUAAAAUAAUUAUCUUUGGCUUAUGUGUGCUUGUCUGAAUCUGAUGCACUUGUUUCUAAUGUUAUCAACGGUGCUGAUUUUGCUUGCCAUAGAUGUUAUAGUUUCAAAAUUAGUCUCUGAAUUAGUUUAGGAAUGUGUUUUGCUUUGUAUUUGCUGUUCACUCAUAUUUUAAACCAGUCCCAAAUAUCUUGUCUGAGCUGGCAAGAACACUUUAUUAUCAAGAUACCUUAAAAGAGAUAACAUUCUUGUCACAAAGCUCAUGUAUUUGGUUAAGUGAAGUGACCUUCCUGUACGUAAGUUUCUCCUGUGUUCAUGCAUGUCAUCAAUAAAGCACUUACUAU